GGCGGGGGCGGCCUGGCGGCUACUGAGCCCAACGGGCUGGCAAGGGCAGUUCCCCCCCCCUCCCCAUCGUAGCGCCCAAGGAGGGCCGCGUGGGCGUGGCGGCAGAGAACGACGGCUCAGAAGAGUCGUUGGGCAGCGCGCAGGCGCGUUAAUCCCUCCCGCCCUCCUCGCGCCUCUCUCGGCUCAGAGCGCGGCGGUGGCGGCCGCGGGCGCCUCGUGCCACACCCCCCUCCGGGAUCCGGCGCAGCGGCCAUGGCGUCCGAGCCGGAGCCGGGCGGAGCGGAGCGGGAGCGGCUGCUGCGGCGCGGCGAGCUGCUGGCGCGGGGCAACCGCCUGAGGGAAGCGCUGGAGACGUACUCGGCGGCGCUGCGCCUCGGCCCUCCGCUCGCCGCCGCCGCCGCCUCGCGCCGCCGCCUGGGCGCGCUGGUGGGCUGCCUGGCGCUGCACUACCGCCUGCGGCUGCCGCGGCCCACGGAGGCAGGGGCGCCGGCGGCGGGGCCCGGGCUCUUCCGCUGCGGCGGCUGCCGGGGCUUCCUGGGCGAGCCGGUGGCGGCGCCCUGCGGGCACGCCCAUUGCCGCCGCUGCCUGCGCGAGCAGCUGCGCGCCUGCUGCCGCCUGUGCGGGGAGCCGCUGGCGGGGUCCGCCGUCGCCGUCGCGCUCGGGCACUUGGCCGAGAAGUGGUUCCCGCGGGAGAGCCGGAGGGCGCGGACGUGGCGCCGCCUGGGCGAGCUGCUGGGCCAAGGGGAGCCCCGCGCCGCCCGGGAAGCCGCCAGCGGGGCGCUGCGAGAGGAUCCCAGUGACCUGAUGCUACAGAUUUAUAGAGCUGAAUCUUCUGCUGCCCUCCAAGAAUUUCAGUCUGCUCUAGAUGACCUGAAUGCUGUUAUCUCUAAAAUGCCAAAUUGGCCUGAGGUGUACUUUAGAAGAGCAAAAAUAUUGCAUCGUACUGGCUCUAUAGAUGAUGCCUUACAGCUUUUUCUUCAUUGUCUAGCUCUUGAUGACGGAUUUCUUCCAGCAAAGCUAGAAGUGGAAAAGAUGCUGUAUGAUUUACUGUCACCAGAAAAUGUGAGAGAGCACCUGAAGGAAUCUGCUUUAAACUCUCCACAUGCUCAAAGUAAACCAGUUACACAUGGUUCAGAGGUGAAUUUAGAUCCAGGUUUAGGAGUACAACAAAUUACAUCAGAAUCUGUUGGAGGAAACCUGCCUCAUGCCGAGUCUACCCGAUCUCUUAUCUCAACAGAAAAAUUUACCAAAGAAGAUGGAUUAAAAAGGGCUUCCUCUGAGCCUCUGCUUUCUGUCCAGGAGAAAGGUGUCCUUUUGAAAAGGAAGUUGUCCCUUUCAGAACAAGAUUUUAGUGUUUGUGAAAACAGAAGGAAUAAACUUAAAAAACAUGAAGAAACUACAGAAAGGGAUACUGCAUUUCUACUUGAUUGCGAAGCCAUUCCGAAGGAUUUGAUUGAUAUAUCUGACUUUGAGUGUUCACUUUGUAUGAGACUUUUCUUCCAUCCUGUGACUACUCCCUGUGGCCAUACAUUCUGUAAGAAUUGUUUAGAGCGUUGUUUAGACUAUGCUCCUCAAUGUCCUCUCUGCAAAGAGAGCUUAAAAGAGUAUCUGGCAAGUAGGAAAUACAGCAUCACCCACUUGCUGCAAAUACUAAUGAAGAAGUACUUGCCUGCUGAGUUAGCUGAGAGAGAGCGACUUCAUGAUGAAGAAACAGCUGAACAUUCAAGCUUGACCAGUAAUGUUCCUAUUUUUGUUUGCACUAUGGCCUACCCUACUGUGCCUUGUCCUCUUCAUGUGUUUGAGCCAAGGUAUCGACUAAUGAUUCGAAGAAGUAUAGAAACAGGAACAAAACAAUUUGGGAUGUGUACCAGUGACCCAAAAAAGGGUUUUGCAGAUUAUGGUUGCAUGUUGUACAUUAGAAAUGUUGACUAUUUGCCAGAUGGACGGUCAAUUGUUGAUACAGUUGGAUUAAGGAGAUUCAGAGUUCUGCAACGAGGAAUGAAGGAUGGGUAUUGCACUGCAGACAUUGAGUAUUUGGAAGAUAUGAAGAUUAAAGAUGAAGGUGAGAUGAAGAAACUUGGAGAACUUCAUGAUUUUGUAUACAGCCAGGCUUGGAACUGGUUCCAAAGCUUAAGAAACAAAUUUCAUACCCAGAUACUUCAGCAUUUUGGUCCAAUGCCAGAAAGGGAAUCAAAUAUACAGGGAACAGCUAAUGGACCUGCUUGGUGUUGGUGGCUUCUCGCUGUCCUUCCUGUGGACCCUAGAUAUCAGCUCUCAGUGUUCUCUAUGACCUCUUUGAAAGAACGACUGAUAAAAAUUCAAGAUAUAUUGACAUACUUCUCUAGAGACCAGUCCAAAUGACUUCUUGAUCUUCCUGAAGUGUUCCCUAUUUCUGUAAUUGCAUCAGGAGUUUUUGCAGCAUUUGCACAUUUAGUGCUGGGUUGGAAAUUGCAUCAGAAUUGCUUACUUUCCUGAAACAACUCAUUUUUCACAUGGAUCCAAUCAACCUGAAGGAUACCACUAAAACAGCACACAAGAGUCAAUCCAGCAACAAAAUAUGUGGAUAAGUUCUACUUUAUUUGCACUAUAUACAAGUGAGAAUGUAUCUGAGUUUUUCCUGCUGACUUCUUAUAAGUGCUGGAUUUCAUCCUUGGUCCAAGUUUACAACAUUAAGGAUAUGUUCAAAAUCUUGCAAAUUGGAGUUUGCCUCAGCGGUAACAUGCUGUUGCUAUUUGCACAAGUACUUAAAACAUAGUAUUGAAUGUUGCUAUGGGAAAUUAAUAAAUGGUACAGAUUAAUUUUGUAGACUUUCACAAUACUAAAGAUUGUAUGAAUUUAGAGCCAUGUUAAAAACUGAAACAUCAUUCAACAUGCUUUUAAACUGUGAACCUAUUAUAGUGCAUUUGGAGAAGAACUGGGGUUAUACAAGAUUCAGUUCCAGUUGCGUCCAGCAAUGAUUCCCAAGUUUCCAGUUUUGCGCAUACUGCCUAAGCAUAUUAUCAGACUCUCAGAUUUGAAAAUACCGAGUCAUUUUCUUCUAGUUUCAUGGAUCAGCUAUGGCCCACUUACCAUACUCGUACAGACAGUUGAUGUCAAUGUUUAGAAACUACUGAAGUACUAUAUAGGAGUUUUUUAGUUUGUACUGGGUUCAAAUAAGACUUCUUCCAUGCCUUACUCAUAUCACUGGCCUGUAUCCUACCACCUUGCUCAGCAAAAUUUAAGUCUUCCUUAACUUAAAGGGAGCCCCCUGAAGUGGAAGGAGGGCUUCAAAUCAAACCUUGCUGAGUAGAAUACAGACCAGUGUUAAGGUUAGCAUUCUGCUUACCAAUAGGUGGUAUUUAAAAUAAAUUCUCAGUUUGUGAGUGUGUCUUGUAUGUGAAUCAUUUUGUGAAAUGUUUCUUUAAAGAUCUUGCUUUUGCUAAUAUUUAAUUUUUAAUAAACUUUAAAACCAUUUUUAAACUGAUGGUAAUGUUUUGCUUGCUGUUACCAGUACGUAGAGGAGACAUUACCAGUCAAGCAGCAGACUACUCCCGUAAAAUAAGCACUAUAUUAAAGAAGUCAAGCAGAUGAACAGCGAUGAGAUGCUGUGGUGCAGCAGUUAUCAAGACUUGCCGGAGCAGAUCUGGGGCACCCAAGUUUGAUUCCCUGUUCUAACACGAGAGCUUGCUGGGUGGAUGUCGAGCAAGUCACACGCGUCCUCCUACCCUCG